AUGGGCCUUCCCUUAAGAAUGGACAACAUUCACGCACCUACCGUUCCUGCGGGACCCUCAUCUCGGCCGCUAGCAAAUGGAAAUGCAAAGCAUCUCUCAUUUGCUGAACUUCAGGCCAAGAAAGACGAUAUGGAAGCCGAACUAAAAGCCCUAAGUGGUGUUCUUGACUCGCAUGGUGUCAAUAUGGAAACGCCUUUGACCACGGCCGAUGGGUUUCCUCGGGCAGAUAUUGACGUCGCGCAAAUACGCACCACCCGAGCUCGAAUCAUCCGCCUAAAAAACGACUACAAAGACCUCCUUAAUACCUUAGAGAAAUACCUCCACGAACAUUUUGCGAGCAUACAAGAUGCUGAUGAUGUUGCGCCUGGUUCAGCAAACCGUACCGAGAUGUUAGGCGACUCGAUCCCAGUAACCUUGGAGGAACCUUUUGCGAAGGUGAAUAGCGUCGUUGCAGGCAGCCCAGCAGAUUCAGCCGGCUUGAAACCCGGAGAUGAAAUUCGAAAUUUCGGCUACGUUAAUAGGGGAAACCAUGACGGCCUCAAGAGAGUCGCAGAGUGCGUCCAAGGAAAUGAAGGUCAAAGGAUUCUUGUUAAAGUAACCCGCCGAAUAGAAUCUAACCAAAAGCAAGAGCUACAAUUGAAUUUAACCCCACGACGAGAUUGGGGAGGAAGAGGCCUAUUGGGAUGCCAUAUCCUACCGUUAUAG